AUGCACUGCAGCUGCUUCUCAGAAGGCAUCCUGGCUACCCCUGUCAACUACUGCAUCUCAGGUCUAGCCUUGCCUGAUUGGGCCUACAAAGCGGAGUCAUCACCAGGCUCCCGGCAGAUCCAGCUGUGGCACUUCAUCCUGGAGCUGCUGCAGAAAGAAGAGUUCCGCCAUGUCAUCGCCUGGCAGCAGGGAGAGUACGGGGAGUUUGUCAUCAAGGAUCCAGAUGAGGUGGCUCGCCUCUGGGGCCGCAGGAAGUGCAAGCCACAGAUGAACUAUGACAAGCUGAGCCGGGCCCUCAGGUAUUACUACAAUAACAGGAUCCUGCACAAGACCAAAGGCAAGAGGUUUACCUACAAAUUCAACUUCAGCAAGCUCAUGGUAGCCAACUGUCCUGCAUGGAAAGUGUGGGCCCCCUCUGCCCCUCACCUGCUGUUGGGGGCCCCUGCCCUGUGUCAGCCAGCCUUGGUGCCUGUGGCUGUGCAGAGUGAGCCCCUACAUAGCAUGCUGUACACACGGGCCACAGAAACUCAGACAGCCGGAGAGAGGACCCCAUGGAGGCCACCGGAGACCUCUGGGGAGAAGAUCAGCAGCUUCAACUGUUUUGGCUCUGCCGUGGGCCCAGACUGGCAGAGCCCUUGCUGCUGUUGCCAGAACCUCCAAACUGACCAGGCCAGCUUUGCUUCCUUUGCCUCUGCACCCCACCUUCGCUGUAACUGGACCCACCUCUCAGGGCCCGUCCUGACUUCUUUCUCCACUGGGCAGCCACUUUCAGAGUCCUCCAAGCCUGGUCUUUGGCUACCAGGUCCCCUGUGUACGCCAGGUGCCUGGCAUUUUCCAGGGCUUCCCCUUCUGGCCAGGCUGAGACGGUGUCAUUUUCUGGGGCCUGAGGAAUUAGUAAAUCCUGGCCCAGGGCCAAGGGGAUGCCUAGACUCCAGUGAGGAACCCUCCUUAGAGGCUCGAGGACUCUAACUUGGGCAUGAAACUCCUAUGUCCCCCAGUCCAGAGAACCUCUGAGCCACGUGGCCUUCAGAUCCCCCUUAACUGAAGAGAAAGAAGUGAAGGGGUGGCUCCUUCCCUCUCCUCCUGCCCCAGCUUUUGCACCUCCUCCUAGUUGGACAGCAGCCAGACUCACUGGAGGGUUUGGAGGGUGAGGAGUAGAGGGUGAGGAGGGUCUGGAGGGUGAGGGUGGGCACCGGGAAACAGAAGCCCCUCCCCUGCUACCAAAUUACCAUUAGCCUAAGGAGG